CUUGAGACUGGGACCCGCCAGAGCUGUUAAGCGGGACUGAAGAGCAGGAGGCAGGCCAAGAAGAAGGAAGCAGAGUUCCUUGGGUUCCAGUCUACUCAUGAGUAAGAGCAAAUGCUCCGUGGGACCAAUGUCCUCUGUGGUAGCCCCGGCUAAAGAGCCCAAUGCCAUGGGUCCCAGGGAGGUGGAGCUCAUCCUUGUCAAAGAGCAGAAUGGAGUGCAGCUGACCAACUCCACCCUCAUCAAUCCACCACAGACACCAGUGGAGACUCAAGAGCGGGAGACCUGGAGCAAGAAAAUUGAUUUCCUGCUCUCAGUCAUUGGCUUUGCUGUGGACCUGGCCAAUGUCUGGCGGUUUCCCUACCUGUGCUACAAAAAUGGUGGAGGUGCCUUCCUGGUGCCCUACCUGCUCUUCAUGGUUAUUGCCGGGAUGCCCCUCUUCUACAUGGAGCUGGCUCUUGGGCAGUUCAACAGAGAAGGAGCUGCUGGAGUCUGGAAGAUCUGUCCUGUCCUGAAAGGUGUGGGCUUUACCGUCAUCCUCAUUUCUUUCUACGUGGGCUUCUUCUACAACGUCAUCAUCGCCUGGGCACUACACUACUUCUUCUCUUCCUUCACCAUGGACCUCCCUUGGAUCCACUGCAACAACACCUGGAACAGCCCCAACUGCUCCGACGCCCACGCCAGCAACUCUAGUGAUGGCCUGGGCCUCAAUGACACCUUCGGGACCACACCUGCUGCUGAGUACUUUGACCAGCUUGGUCAGCCCAUGUACACCACAGCCAACAAUAAAAGGGAUGCCAUGGAGACUGACCACAGAAGGCCCCAUGUCCCAGUUGGGCAGCAGCCACUAGGUAAAAAUGAUAGAAACUACUCCUGGAAGAAGGUGUGGAUUGAUGCUGCCACCCAGGUGUGCUUCUCCCUGGGCAUUGGUUUUGGGGUGCUGAUUGCCUUCUCCAGUUACAAUAAGUUCACCAACAACUGCUAUAGGGAUGCAAUCAUCACCACAUCUAUUAACUCCCUGACAAGCUUCUCCUCUGGCUUCGUCGUCUUCUCCUUCCUGGGGUACAUGGCCCAGAAGCACAACGUGCCCAUCGGGGAUGUGGCCACAGAUGGACCUGGGCUGAUCUUCAUCAUCUACCCUGAGGCAAUUGCCACACUCCCACUGUCCUCGGCCUGGGCUGCUGUCUUCUUCCUCAUGCUGCUCACUCUGGGUAUCGACAGUGCUAUGGGGGGCAUGGAGUCUGUGAUCACUGGGCUUGUUGAUGAGUUCCAGCUACUACAUCGGCACCGGGAGCUCUUCACUCUUGGCAUUGUCCUGGCCACCUUCCUGCUGUCCCUCUUCUGCGUCACCAAUGGUGGCAUCUAUGUCUUCACACUGUUGGACCAUUUUGCAGCUGGCACGUCCAUCCUCUUUGGUGUGCUCAUUGAAGCCAUUGGGGUGGCCUGGUUUUAUGGUGUCCAGCAAUUCAGCGAUGACAUCAAGCAGAUGACAGGGCAGAGACCCAACCUGUACUGGCGGCUAUGCUGGAAACUGGUCAGCCCCUGCUUCCUCCUGUAUGUGGUCGUGGUCAGCAUUGUGACCUUCAGACCCCCACACUAUGGAGACUACAUCUUCCCAGACUGGGCCAAUGCACUGGGCUGGAUCAUUGCCACAUCCUCAAUGGCCAUGGUGCCAAUUUAUGCAACCUAUAAGUUCUGCAGCCUGCCAGGGUCCUUCCGAGAGAAACUGGCCUAUGCCAUCACACCUGAGAAAGACCGCCAGCUAGUGGACAGAGGGGAGGUGCGCCAGUUCACGCUGCGGCACUGGCUGCUGGUGUAAAGUGGAAGGAGACAGCAGCCAAGUGGGCCAUCUCACAACAGCAGGACAGGGAGCCAGUAAAGGAAACCCAGGCAUCAAGAAAGCAGAGCCACGUCCACCCUUCCCCUUUGCUGUGUGGAAAAACAAUCAAAGCACGGGCUUCAGUGUUUGACUGUUCACACCCAAUUCAUGCUACAAAAGAAGAGGCCUCUGUGUGUAUGUGGUUGUAAGAACACACAUCUCUACAGUGAGGUCAGCUGUGUCCCUGUCCCUACUGGGUGGAAAAUACUUGGCUGGUAUCUGGUCCCUGCAAGGCUGACUCCCCUAUCUGUGGUCACCCUAGAAGAACAGAUCUUGCUGUCCCCUGAACUCUAGGAGAGGGACCUUGGUACCUGUAUAUACACUGUGUCAGAAUCCUCGUGCUCACAGUAGCUGCCUAGAUCCCUUCUUUUGCUCAAAUUUACAAUGUCAAGUAUCCUGUUUUGUCUACUGUGUAGAAGGUAGAAAAGAUGGUUAACACAUGCCAAGUGCUUUCCUGGUGCUUGGCUCUGAGUAGACCCUGUGACCUUAGCAUCCUGAUCAUAUAUUACACGCACAUAGGGUCUGUUCUGAGCCAUGGAGGACAAGGGACUUGGUGCAAGUGGCCAGAGAUUCUAUGUUUUUUUCCUUUAUGGCUGAGAUAAAUAGACAUGAAAUAAAGUUGGGAUACAACCCUACUCCUAGCCCCUGGGAGACCCGUUCAGCUUGUGGUAAUUUCAAUAUGGAAUUGAAGGCCACAGAGAAAGUGUGUUCCUCACAGUGUGUCCCAACCCCUGGACACCUGCUCUGCACAGGGUUCCAAGGGAAAAGAUCAUGUCCUUGGCCUGGAGUCCUGCCUGAUCUUUGGGGAAACACCCACUCUAGGGUUUGAUUUCCCAGAGGCUCCCAUCACAUCAAUGGACAUUAUCCAUGUUAUAAAUGGCUUUUUAAAAUCAUAUGUAUGUGUGAAUCAAAAUUAUUCUCAAAAUGCAAGGUUAGUUUGUUCAACUCUGUUUGCUGAUGUCCCUGUUUUUGUUUACAAGAGUAAUUAGCAAAACCAUAGGAAGAAGGUAAAACAAGAACCACCUUCCCACAGAGUGCUGGCUUUAGCCCCUGGAGUGAAAAGUGGAUGUCAUGAUUUUCCUUUGAGUUAAUAAAUGUGAACUUUGGCCUGGCCUGUAUCCCACAGAAAUGGUACCACAUGUCUGUUUGGAAGAGGCAAACGUAGGUGUUCUCUGCAAGCAGACAUUGGCAUGAGGGAUCUGAGUGUGCCACCAGGUGGAAAUGCAGGGCUACUGGCUUCACGACUGCAGUGUAUCUGAGAAAGCCCAGGUUUACUGUCUCCUCUCUGAGGAAUGGCUCCAUGUAGCUAUCCAGGUGUUGUCAGCAUCUGCUUUUUGUCUUCAUAGUACCUUGUAUGGGUCCUUACAAAUAAUAAAAGAAAUAUAUGUUGGAAACAGGC